UUUUGGCGUGCAUUUGAAUCAGUGUGUUUCGUUAUAAAAGGGACACUAAAAGUAAAGCAUUUUCACCCAGAAUCGCUGCUAAAUUAUUAAAGACAGUAGUAUAAAACUGUGUACUUUAAUCUAUAUUGAUGUCAACAGUAGAUCAAAGUUCUCCUCCAAGUAAACGAAUUCGACUAAACCCGUCCUUUGAACAAUUAAACGGAAGUUCUUUUGAAACAUACAACGAUCAAAAAUCAUUUUCUAAAGAUAUUACAAUGAUGGCAGAUAAUGAACAAGAAAUCGACGAGGGACUAUAUUCUCGACAAUUAUAUGUUUUGGGUCACGAUGCUAUGAAAAAGAUGGGAGUAUCUAAUAUUCUUAUAUGUGGAUUAAAAGGACUUGGAGUUGAAAUUGCCAAAAAUGUUAUUCUAGCUGGUGUAAAGUCAGUUACCUUAUAUGAUCCUGAACCUUGUCAUUUGGAGGAUUUAUCUUCACAGUUUUAUCUGACCGAACUUGAUGUUGGAAAAAAUAGAGCAGAAGCAACCGUGACUAAACUUGCAGAGCUGAAUAGUUAUGUGCCAGUGUCUGUUUAUGAUGGUGAGCUUACAAAUGAUUUUCUCAGUAAAUUUCAGUGUGUUGUAUUGACAAAUUCAUCGCUGUCUGAGCAAUUUCAAAUAAGUGAUUUUACACAUCGUAACAACCAAAAGUUAAUUAUUGCUGAUACAAAAGGACUUUUUGGUGUUUUGUUUUGUGAUUUCGGCAACAAUUUUAUUGUUACUGACAAUAAUGGCGAACAAGUGAUUAGCAAUAUGAUUGCAUCUAUAACAAAAGAUUCUGAAGGAGUGGUUACUUGUUUAGAAGAAACAAGACAUGGUUUUGAAGAUGGUGAUUAUGUAACUUUUACUGAGGUUGAAGGCAUGACAGAGUUAAAUGGUUGUGUUCCACUUAAGAUCAAAAUUCUUGGCCCUUAUACAUUUAGUAUUGGUGAUACUACACAUUUAUCACCUUACGAACGUGGUGGUAUUGUUUCUCAAGUGAAAAUGCCUGUAACAGUAAAUUUUAAAAGUCUCAGGGAAUCAAUAAAGAAUCCAGAAUAUCUUGUAACAGAUUAUGCAAAAUUUGACAGAUCUUCACAACUUCACUUGGCAUUUCAAGCUCUUCACGAAUAUAAAGAAUUAACAGGUCUUCUGCCCAAACCAAGAAAUAAGGUAGAUAUAUCUAGAUUCUUAGAAGUUGCAAAGGAAGUUAAUGACAAAGUAGAUGCUAAAGUAGAACAGAUUGAUGAACAAUUAUUAAGUGAGUUUGCAUCCCAGGCUGCUGGAGAUAUAUGUCCUAUGCAAGCAGUAAUUGGGGGAAUGGCUGCACAAGAAGUCAUGAAGGCUUGUUCUGGAAAAUUUAUGCCAAUAAAACAAUGGCUGUAUUUUGAUAGUUUGGAAAGUCUGCCAGAAGAUAAGUCAUUGCUUACUGAAGAAAACUGUUCUCCAGCUAACGCACGUUAUGAUGCACAAGUUGCUGUGUUUGGUAAAGAUUUUCAACAAAAGCUUAAAUCUAGCAAAUAUUUUGUGGUAGGGGCUGGUGCAAUUGGUUGUGAAAUGUUAAAAAACUUUUCUAUGAUGGGAGUUGGAUGUGGUAGCGAAGGAUUAGUAUAUGUCACUGAUAUGGAUCUCAUUGAGAAGUCUAAUCUUAAUCGUCAGUUUCUUUUUAGAUCUCAUGAUGUCCAGAAAAUGAAAUCUGAAAUUGCAGCACUAGCUGUUAAAGAGAUGAAUCGUGAUAUUAACAUUAUAGCACAUCAAAAUCGUGUGGGUCCUGAUACAGAAAAUAUUUACAAUGAUGACUUUUUUGAGGCGUUAGAUGGUGUUUGUAAUGCACUUGAUAAUAUUGACGCAAGAAUGUACAUGGACAGGAGAUGUGUGUUUUACAAAAAACCUCUUCUUGAGUCAGGAACGCUUGGUACAAAAGGUAACACUCAGGUUGUUUUACCAGAUAUAACUGAAUCUUACAGCUCAUCUCAAGAUCCUCCUGAAAAAUCAAUUCCUAUAUGUACAUUAAAAAAUUUUCCAAAUGCAAUUGAACAUACACUUCAGUGGGCACGUGAUUCUUUUGAAGGUUUAUUUGCCCAGCCUGCAGAGACAGUAAAUCAGUAUAUCAAUGAUCCUAAGUUUAUGGAAAGAACUUUAAAGCUUCAAGGAAUGCAGUUGCUGGAAACACUUGAAACACUUAUAAAAUCAAUAAAAAAGAAACCAAAUGGAUUUGAGGACUGUGUAUGUUCGGCUAGAAUUUUGUUCGAAGAAUAUUUUCAUAAUCAAAUUGUUCAAUUAUUAUUCAAUUUUCCUCCUGACCAAACAACUUCUUCUGGAGCUCCAUUUUGGUCAGGUCCAAAACGAUGUCCAUCUCCUAUAAAAUUUGAUUUUUCUGUCGAUUUGCACCUUGAUUUUGUCAUUGCAGCAGCAAAUUUGUUUGCAUAUAACUAUGGGAUAAAAGGCUCAGUUGAUAGAAGCUACAUUCAAAGUCUAGUUAAAAAUGUUAUUGUGCCUGAAUUUGUGCCUAAAUCAGGUGUAAAGAUUUCAGUUACAGAAGCAGAGGCAGCUAAUGCAGGUGUUGAUGUUGAUGAGCAAAAGGUUGAAUCAAUCAAAUUAGCUUUACCACCACCAAAUGAUUUGAGAGGACAUUUAAAAAUGUAUCCUGCUGAAUUUGAAAAAGAUGAUGAUACAAACUUUCAUAUUGAUUUUAUUGUUGCAUGUUCUAAUCUACGAGCAACUAACUACAAAAUAUCCACUGCAGACAGGCACAAAAGUAAACUUAUUGCUGGCAAAAUAAUACCAGCUAUUGCAACUACAACUUCAGUUGUUACUGGUUUAGUUUGUUUAGAGUUAUAUAAAGUAAUUAAUGGUAAUAAAAAGAUAGAAUCAUACAAGAAUGGCUUUGUCAAUUUAGCCCUUCCGUUUUUUGCAUUUUCUGAACCCAUGGCUGCCCCAAAAAUGAAAUACAAUGAUCAAGUAUUUACAUUGUGGGACAGCUUUUUAAUUGAUGGUACAAUGGAAGAUGGUUCAGAAAUGAAUCUUCAACAACUUAUGGAUUAUUUUAUGAAACUUGGUCUUGAAAUUACAAUGAUUUCACAAGGGGUUUCGAUGAUAUACUCAUUUUUCUUGGCAGCUGAUAAAAGAAAAGAGAGAUUGACUUCACCCAUUUCACAAACUGUAGAAAAGAUCUCUAAAAAGAAAAUUAAGCCUCAUGUAAAAAUACUUGUCCUUGAACUUUGUUGUAAUGAUGCAGAAGGAGAGGAUGUUGAAGUCCCUUAUGUCAAGUAUAAGCUUCCCCAAAGAAAAUAAAAAUAAUAAUUAAUAAGUUUGAGGUUUCUUACAUAAAGUAUAUAUUUCUCCGUAGAUAUAUUAUAUUAUUUAUAUCAAUGAUGCUUAGUAAUUCAAAAAAGUAAAAGUUUUUAACUUUCAUAUGUUUUUUUUUUUUUUUUCUUUUUCUUUUUUUUUUUUUUCUUCUUUUUUUAGAUUUAAGUAGCUGUUUUAGCAUCUUUGUUGUGUAUAUUACAUUUAGUUAUAUAUUUAAUAGUAAUAAAGUAUAACAUUUUUACUAUGUCUAUUGUGUUGUAAAUUGUUUGCAUUCUUAAAAGAAAAUUGUUUUUUUUUUUUUACUUUCAUGUAAUAGGAACUAUGUUAGAAGAACUGUUUAAAGAAAA